AUGGAUUUGUUCUUCUGGCUCUCCAAACUCUACGAAUUCAUCCGAUUCCGAUUCCACCGUUAUCCCAAAUUCCCACUUCUUCACCUACCGUAUCUUGCAAUAAAACAAGUUAUAGAAUCUAUGAGCGUUUCGGAAAGAAUAAAACUAUCUCAAACUUCGAAACGAAUGGCCACCUUUGUCAGAAUGAGACUUCCAUUCUAUUACGUUUUCAUAAGAGAUGCGUUAUCGGGUCUCUUUAUGAAAGAUCAGAAUGCUUUAUUAUAUUGUGGAAGGGAAAUCCACAAGUUCGCAGAAAAAUACGAGUGUUUGACCAGUUUGGACUACGAGGAGUGGCUGCCCAAAAACGCAUCAAACCUGAAGAAAACCGAGUUAUUAUUCCACCAAAUCCAGGACAUCUUUCCUUCCAAAUCAUUUGGUGUAUGUCUAUUUCUAUCCGAGAUAUUCGAAACUACAAUCGAGAAGAUUUUCGAAAUUCCCGCAUUUCAAAAGUGUGAUCGAAUUGUGCUCUACCAGGGGGGAAUUGCCUCGAUUCAUCUUGAUAAGAUAAUGAAAAUGGCCAAUGAUAAAAGAGAUAUCGUUAUAAGGUAUACAGUAGUGGCACAGGAUUAUCGACACGAAAUGGCCUUCAAAUUCCGUAAUAUAGAGUAUGACGACGCUCGUUGGGUGAGAGUAGAAUAUCUGUUCUCAAUGAAUAACUGCGAAAAUGUGAAGAUUGAGCAGUGUCGACUCAACUUGUUCGAUAUCAAUACACUUAUAAAAUACUGGAUUCUUUGUCAACGGGAUAUGUUCAAAAAUUUGACAAUUCGAUUUGAGAAGCAAGAUAUUGAAUUCGAUUGGAAUGUUGUGCUGAAGGAUGUUGCUGCCGAAAAAUUGGAUAAUUCUUCUUUUUUGAUGCCCGCGUCUAUAAUGACCUCGUCUUCCUAUGACUGGAUCGCGUAUGGGCAAGGUUUCGCCUCAGGACUUCUUGCAGUCGUUUCGACCGGUUACAUCGGAUAUUUGGCGACAAAAUAUAUCCAAAAGAAGAAAAGAGAUGUAAUGCUUGUCGAUUUGCACACGUCGAAUGUUGUGCUCCAAGGAGCUAGAGUGGUCAAUAAUCCAUCGAACAUGUACGCCCCCCUGAUGAUCACGGUUGCUUAUGAGCAACGUGGAGUUCUUCGUGAGGGUAAGGAAUAG